CCACCACUCACCCCCCAUCUUCCUGGUUACGCCCCUGCUUUGGUUUUCUUGACAGAAUUGCAGAAAGGGAGCUGAUGAUUUGCAGACAGAGGAGAGGAAGGCAAGUGUGGUGCACUGCUGACAGUGCAAAGGAAUUUAUUUCACAUCGACAGCAGCACCCGGUAAGCUGGAGCCACAGCACCGUACACGGUGAAGUUCAACGCCACUGCUGGAGCCAGUCAUCCAUCCCACAUCUGGAGCCCUGACGGCAGCCUGCACCCAUGAUCCUCAAACACCACAGGAGUCCUCUUCUGCUCACUGUGACCUGCAUGUGUUUCUCAGGAGGCUGGCUGUGGUCCUACAGAGAAGAUCAGGAUGUUAACGGGAGCGAAGAAUGCUCUGAAAAUAAGAUUUCCACAACCAAAUACCUCUGCAUGAAAUCGACUGGAGAAGUGACAACGUGCUACAGAAAGAAAUGCUGCAAGGGUUUUAAGUUUGUGCUGGGCCAGUGCAUUCCUGAAGAUUAUGACGUAUGUGCUGGCGCCCCCUGUGAGCAACAGUGUACAGAUCAUUUUGGUCGGGUGGUGUGCACCUGUUACCCUGGUUACCGAUAUGAUCGUGAGCGCCACAGGAACCGAGAAAAGCCCUACUGUCUAGACAUUGACGAAUGUGCAGACAAAAAUGCAAGCGUUUGCUCUCAGAUCUGCAUCAAUUCUGCAGGGAGCUACAGGUGUGAGUGUGAGAAAGGAUAUUUCCUGGAAAAGGAUGGCAAAACAUGCACCAUGGGGGAGAGAGCAGUUCACCUCUUUGAGACAGCCGACAAUGUCAUGAAUGUUGGAACGUGUUCAGCCACCUGUGACGACUUUUACCAGAUCAAGGCGUCCAUCUUACAGCUGAAACAGAAGAUGGCCCUGCUGUCCAACAGCGCUGAUGUAGCUGAGCAGAAAACCAAUGAGAAAAUCUUGACGUCACCUGUGUUCGUACCGGGUCCUCCAGGCCUUCCUGGCCCUCCAGGAGAUCCAGGACCAGCAGGCCCUCCAGGACACGCGGGACUUUUGGGACUGCCUGGCCCUCCUGGACCCAGAGGUUUGAUGGGACCCAUUGGACCCACACCUGACUUGUCCCACAUCAAACGUGGCCCUCGAGGACCCAUGGGCUCUCCUGGAGCUCCGGGAAAAGAUGGCUUGAAGGGAGAGAGAGGAGCUCCUGGGCUGGCCGGACCACCAGGCCAUCCCGGCUCCUUUGAUUUCCUGCUUCUUCUGAUGGCAGACAUACGUAAUGACAUCGCUGACCUGCAAAGUAAGGUGUAUGGUAGACCGCUUCACUCUCCGGGUGAGGACAUUUCUGUGGUCCCCGACAACUGGAGAGACAGCCAGGACAUUUUGGACAUGGGCUCAGGUGAGGACUACAAAGAACGUCAAACUCGAACAGGGAGGAACCGAAAGAAGAAACCAGCAAAAUUCAGAAACGUUUCUGAUUGGAAAGUGUGAGAGUUGA